GCCCAACAGCUAAUGAUAGGCACGACGGUCGCGGACGGUCUGCUGCUGGGCGACACCUGCCAGCACGAUAUGGACUGUUCGGACAGCGUGAAGGGCAGUUACUGCACCCUGGAGGGCCUCUGCGAGUGUAGCCCUUUCUACGUGCGUCUCAACGCGUCGUCCUGUUUGCCGUCCCAACUGCUCGAGAGCGAGUGCCGCCUAUCGGAGCAGUGCUGGAUGCGGGUGGCCAACAGCAGCUGCCUCGACGGUCGCUGUCAGUGCGACGGUGGCUUCCUGCAGUUCCGCAAACACACCUGCCUUUCGCCCGCUCAACCGGGCACGGUUUGCUACAGUCACGCGCACUGCCGUAUGUGGGACGGGGAAAGUCACUGCGAUUUCCUGAUCCCUAACCUGUUCGGCCGCUGCCAGUGUACGUCGCCGGCGCGCCAAAACGGGCCAACCUGCGUGACGGAACCGGCCCGUGACCAGGAACACCCGGUCGGGUUUGCGAGGCCCCAGCAGCAGCAGCAGCAGCAGGCUCCCGAGGAGACGGCCACGCCGAAGGGAGAAGGGCCCGAGACGACGGCGGCGGCGGCGGACGGUGGUGGUUCGAUCGAUCGGAUGUCGACGACGACCGAGGACGACGUGAUCAUCGUAGAAAACUUCUUGGAGACGACGACGAUGGACGUCGAUGGGGGGAUGAGCGCGGCCGAGGAUCACAUUACCACCGAGUACCAGCCGGGAACGGAGUCGACAGAGCAGGCCGAGGAAGAUGACACCACCAUGACGGACUUCAUCGAGAUCACCACCGGCCCGGAGACGACGACCGUAGGCGUCCACACGACGCGCAACGGUAUGGAGGAGUACGAAAACACGGAAGAGUACGCUGACCUGGAGCGGGAGGUGGAGCAGCAGUUCCGGCAACAGGAGCUGGCCGAUGCCCUGGCCACGACUACGGCGGCCGCUUGGGCAAACGAGAUUGCCGACGUCAUCACCAGCCAGGAUCGGGAAGACCGGGAUCCAACAACCACCACGCGGACCACCGUCGAGAUUGCGGUGCAGGACGCGGACGCGGGAAGCCCGGAAACGACCGAGGAAGAGCCGACCUCGACGACGGCGGGCGAGCGCGACACGGAACCCACCGGAAGCGGGAAUGAAGUUGAGCUUGUGGCACCGUUCGAAACGGUCGCUCCGGAAGCCGAUGGCCAACAGGCUGCAUCGCUGGUGCAGGAAGUGGCCGACGAGCGGGUUACCACCACGCUGGGCCAAACCGAGCGCUACGAAGACACGACGACGGCUCGCCGGGUUGCCGCUGAACAGGAAACGCAACCGGAGGCCGAUGCCCCGACGACGACGGAGCGCGUCGAGCAGUACUACGAUGUGCAGCUGCGCCGCCAGGACUCGAAGCUGUUCGACGAGGACGAUACGGAGGAGCUGGUGGAGCAAGGACCGUCGGCCGUGGGCAAGGAGCGGUACGCGGCCCGCGAAACGACGGCCCACUUCGAGCGGGACAACGAAAUCGCUGGCUCGGAACCGACUCGCUCGACGACGACGGAAACGCUGCUGCGUUUGGCCAACCGCCGCACGACGGCCAUGGAACCGGAAGCGCCGCUCUCGACGACCGUUGCCUCGGUGCUGCUGGAGACGACCACCACUACCACAACAACCACAACGACCACAAAACCGCCGAAACGCCGAACGGUGGCCACAGGCAUUCGGACUCGCGUGGAUCUCGGAGAUGGGCCCGUUUCGCUGGGCUUGGUCUGCGCCAACAGUGACCAGUGCCAGCUGGCCGACCCGUACAGCUACUGCAACGACGAGGGGCGCUGCGACUGCUCUUUCCACCAGCCGGACGACUCUUGCCGCGCCACCAACACUGGCUGCUCUCGCGGAACGUUCCAGUGCCGAUCGAGCGGAAUCUGCAUCAGUUGGUUCUUCGUGUGCGACGGCCGGCCCGACUGUAGCGAUGCGUCGGACGAGGAGUGCAGCUUUGCGACAACGUCGGCCAGCAACGGGACGGAAUUGAGCUGUCCGGAGCUGUCGUUCCGUUGCGGACAGAGCGGCCGGUGUAUCUCGCGAGCCGGUAUCUGUGACGGCAAGGUGCAGUGUCCGCACGGGGAGGAUGAGGUCAACUGCGAUUUCCGGAAAUCGCGCCGUUGCCCACAGCACACGUUUAUGUGCCGCAGCGGCGAGUGUCUGCCGGAGUACGAGUACUGCAACGCGAUCGUGUCCUGCCGGGACGGGAGCGAUGAACCGGCGCACUUGUGCGGAUCGCGAGCCGUGCCGAACUUCUUCGUCAAGCUGCUGAGUGCUCCGACGGCACGCGGCCGUAACUACUGUCCUAUGCGGUGCGGCAAUGGCCGGUGCCGAUCAACUGCCAUCGUUUGCUCCGGACGGGAUGGCUGUGGCGACGGCAGCGACGAAGAUCGGUGUUCCGUUUGCCGAUGCCCGGCGCCAGCCUACAGCAACCCGGCAACCCUGCAGUCCGUCACACCGGCCGUCGUUUCGAAGCCCCGGAGUAGGACGAGCCGCAUCACCGGUGGUCGCUGGACGCGAACAUAG